AUGUAUCUAGAUGAAUUUAGAGAUUAAGCUGUUUAAGAUUAACAAGAAAAAUAAAGAAUAGAAUAAUUAGAUAAUGGAUUUUAUGCUCCAGAUCUUGAAAAAUUAAACCUUGAUCUUGAUUAAGAAAAUUAUGUAACAGGAGAGCCCGAAUAAAUGUAUGUUUAAAAUAUAGUUAAUUUUCAUUGUGACGAAACUAGAGAAAUUAUUUAAUAUUUUUAUGAUAAUUUCCAAGAAGAUAUUAAAUAAUAAAAUGCAAAUGCUUUCCAAUUAUCAUAUAGAAAUUUAAUUGAAAAUAUGUUCACUAUAGAAAAAGUUUAAGUCGGAAAUGAUACUAGUUAAUGUGUAUAGAAAGGUAAAUCACCAUAUGUUGAAUUAUCAUUUAAAAUGUAUAAACCUCAUAAUGUCAAACCUAAUACAAAUAUUGAAAUCGAAUUUGUUCUUUUUAAAGUUUUAAAUAUUAUAACUGUGAAUGAUUAAAUGAAAAAUAAUCUAAAUAAUAUGAAACAACCAGGAAAUAAAAUUGAAAAUUAUUUUAAAAAUGAAACAUAUAAAAUAUUUGCAACUAAAUAAGUUUUUGGAAAUAAUUAAAGAGUUUUCUAUUUUAAAAAUUAAAUGAAAGAAUUAAAAUAAACAACUUAAUUUGAAAAUGGAAUUUUAUAAACAGAUAUAUUUUAACUUUUUGUUGAAUUAUGCCAAGCGAGAAAGGAAAAUGAUAAUCUUAAAAAAGAAAUAAUUGAACAGAUAAUGAUAGACACAUAAUAAUUAAUUUAAGAUAAAUAAAAUAUAAAUUUAUCUUUUUUAAAUUAGAUAAAUAAUUCAUAAUUCGAUUCUUAACAACAUAUUUUAGUUGAUUUUAUUAUAAAUUUAAUACCUCAAAUUAAAUAAUUAUAAUAAAUAUUUGAUGAGAAAAAUUUAGAUGUUAAAUUCUCAACAAAAGUUGACAAUUAAUAAAUAAAAGAUAGAAUAGAGAAAUAUAGAAAUGAAACUGAAUUCGAAAAAGAUAAUAAUAAAAUAUAAAAUGAUGAAUUUUAUUUAUAGAUUUAAAAUUAUAAACGAGAAUUAGAAAAUAAUUCUGAUUAAUUGAUGAAAGAUUAUUCUAAUAAAAUAUUACUUAAUUAAACACCUUAUAUUGAAGGAUUUUGUUUUGAAUAUAUUGCAAAUUACGGAUGGAAAGAUAAAUCAAGAUAAAAGAAUGUAUUAUUGGAAAUAUUUUAUUAUCUUGUAACAGAUGCAACUAAAGAUUUUUCAUCAUUUUUCCUUGAAGUAGGUUAAGAUAAAUAAUAACAAUUAGAUGAUUACUAUUAUGACAAUUAAUUAGAAAAAUAAGAUAAUAAUUUAGAUAAUUAAUUUAAAAAUAUUGCAAAUUAUGGAAAUGAUCUAUACAAGAUGACAGAAAUAAUAGAAAAACUAUUAUAAAAAAUUUAAUCUGAAAAUAAAUAAAAAACAAAUAAUUAUAAAUAUGGAAUUAAUUGUAGAUUAAUGAAUUUUGCAGAAAAAUAUGAUGAUGGAUUAAUAUAAAAAUAAGAAUAUGAUGAUUUUAUGUAAAUGAAAUAUGAUUUAUAUCAAUCUUUGAGGAAAACAUUGUUCAUAGGAGAUGAAAUUGAUUCAUAAUCUCUUGCUUCUCAAUCGAAUAAUAAAUUAACUAUGACUGGAUAAUAAGAUGUUUUGAUGGAUAGAAAAAAUUAUGAAUAAUUUGUCGGAGAUUGUUUUGAUUUUAUAACAUAGAAAACAAUUAUGAAAGAUGAAAAAGGUGAAUUCUUUUAUUAAAUGUAGUAGAGUAUAUAAGAUUUAUAAUUUAUAAAGGAUUACGGACCUCAUUGUAAUGAAUAUGCAUAAAGAUGUAAUGAAGAGAAGAAUAAAUACAUGGCAAGGCCUUUCAUAGAUUUUAAGAUUCCGGCAUGCGGAAAUACUGAGGAACAGUUGAAAAAAUAUGGAUUUCAAGUUAAUGAAAAUAUACUGAGAGCUAUAUUAAAUACAGAUGUUUUCUAUUAAAAUGCAAAAUUACCAUUGAAAGGUAUGAAUAUAAAUACAGUAGAUUUGAUGUAUAUUCACGGGCUAUUUAUGUCUUUCACAGGUUCACCUAUGAUGGGUAAUUUUACUUUCCUUUUUGAAUUUAUUAAGUUUUAUAAUAUGGAAUCGUAAUAAAGUAUAUAAGAUUAAAAUGAAAUUGUUUAUCCAGAGCUCAAUUAUAGAACAUAUGAAUAUAAUCUACUUAUGAGAUCAUAUAAAAUGUUAUUAGAUUAUUAUCCAUUUUCUUAAGAGUUAUAAAAAUAUAUUUAUGAUUAAACAUUUUAAAAAUAAUCAGAGGAAUAAGAUGAUCUAAAAGAUUCAAAGACUGAUAAAACAAGUGGUAAAAAUUAUGGUGCACAUAACAUAUAUGUUGAUAUAACCUAUAAAGUCGAGGAUAUCCUUGAUCUAAUUGAAAAGAUAUAAUUAAAUUUGAAUAAAUUAUUUGGAAAUGAUCAAGUAUUAGAUGAUUUUGUGGCUCAAUUUGAUAUUAAUAAAAAUACACAUACAAUGUUAGCGGAUCCAUUUGGACAUAGAGUUGGAAUAGUUUAUAAAUAAGAGAAAAUAAUAAUCGCAACAGAAUAAAUGUUAAAUUAAUGUUAUGGUAAAAAUGAAAUUCCAGAAUUUAAAAAAAUAUAAACACCUAAAUAAUUUGUUUCAUAAUUAGGUGAAUUUAUUUAUACUAGAGCAUAUUAAAAAUUAAAAGAAUAUGGAAUAAAAUCUAGUAGUGCGAAAAAAGAUGGAUAAGUUGAUAUAUGUACAAUUAGCGAUUAAGUGAAAGAGGAAGUAAAAUUAAUAUAUGAAAAAUAUAAAAAACCAAUAUUAAUAUAUAUCUCAGCUUCGGAUAAAGUAGGUAUAGAUUUUGCUGAUUAAGAAGGAAGAGCAAGAAAAUAUAUAGAAGAUCCUGUUUAUAUGAGAAAUAUCCUAUCUUCAAGUUUAAAGAAUUGGAUUUAAUAACAAGAGUUUAAGGAUAUCAUAGUGAUGAUCAGUCUGAAAAUAAUACUUUUAUGA